AUGGUUACACUGGCAAUGUUUGCUUGGAUGCUGGUGCAAAUCACAGACUCCCGAAUGUUGUUGCAACAAACAAUCGAAGAUCACUACUCAACAACGAUCAACAAACGGUGUUCUCUUUCGUCGUCACUGUCGUCGGACGAGAUCGAAUUAGAAAUUUGUGUGGAUACAUACGGAUCGGCCGUUGCCGCAAUUCAAGGUGGUGCGGAUAGGCUAGAACUCUGUUCGGCACUCAGUGAAGGUGGACUAACACCAACGGUUGGACUGUUGCGGCAAAUCAAACAAUACCUAUCCGAGCAUGAUCCACCAAAAACCAUUCCGGUGUACUGUAUGAUACGUUGCAGGAGAGGCAGUGAUUUUAACUACUCCGAACAGGAAAUGAAAGUAAUGCUUUUGGAUUUACAAUUGCUGGCACAAAACGGUGCCGACGGGUUCGUCUUCGGGGCACUGGAACCAUCAUCCGGUAAGGUGCAUCUAAAAAAUUGCGAGCAAAUUGUGGCCGCUGCAGGAAAGCUUCCACUAACAUUCCACCGAGCUAUCGACUGUACGGAUGAACAACGACUCGAGGAGAAUCUUAAUCUUGUAGCGCAGCUAGGAUUUUCGACUGUCCUUACAAGUGGCUUAAAACCGACGGCUGAACAAGGGAUGGACACGAUCGCGAAAAUGAAGGCUAUAGCCACUGAUAUAGAGAAGGUAUAUUAUCAACAGCCAUUUGUAUCGAACAAGAGACAAUAUACAUUUAAAACUGUUUUAGGUUACUGGUAA